GUUUACUUUGCCCUUAGUGGGAGUUGAGGAGGAUUCAGCCUGUGCUUACCCGCCGAGAGACGAAGCAGGGACCUGGGAGGAAACAAGUGAGAAGACGCAGAAAUCAGCUGAAUUGAGGAUUAUCUGCGGGUCAUGGACGCUUUGGUGUAGCGCAGCGGUCGCAGGUUUCCCGGUUUGCGCGCUCGCAGCAGAGCGGGACCUCGCAGUGCGACUCCAGGCGGCUCUGAAGGAAACCAUAUCUGGUCAAAGUAUUCGUUGCUGUCACCCGGCGGGACCGUCCGGCUAUAAAUAGCGCUGGAGGAGCUCCCCCCUCUCUCUCUCAGGAGGGUUACAGGCACUUGGCUGCCUCUGUUGUUAUUCUGCCCCUGAGUUUGGGGUCAGUGAAAUAUAUUCUAUUCUUUCUUGAAUUCCACUGUCUUCCUGAUUCCUGAUCUACUUUUUUUUUCUGGAGGGUUUACUGAGGUGUGCUGUCCAUCAUGUCGGUGUUGAAGAAGGAGAUGGAGAAGUACCGGGACAUAGAUGAGGACGAGCUGCUGCAGAAACUCUCGGAGGAGGAGCUGCAGCGAUUAGAGGACGAGUUAGAGGAGCUGGAUCCUGAUAAUGCACUGUUGCCCGCUGGGAUGCGGCAGAAGGACCAGACCAAGAAAUCGCCAACGGGGACGUUUCAGAGAGAUAACCUCCUGGCCCAUCUGGAGAAACAAGCCAAAGAGCAUCCUGACAGAGAAGACCUGGUGCCCUUCACUGGGGAGAAGAGAGGCAAAGCCUUUGUCCCUAAAAUGAGGGUGGACCCCAUUAUAGAGGACGUGACUCUGGAGCCGGAGCUGGAAGAAGCUCUAGCGAGUGCAAGUGAUGCUGAGCUGUGUGAUAUUGCAGCCAUCCUGGGUAUGCACACGCUGAUGAGUAACCAGCAGUACUAUGAAGCCCUCGCCAGCAGCACCAUAGUCAACAAGCAAGGCCUCAACAGUGUGAUCCAGAGCACCCAGUAUAAACCAGUCCCUGAUGAGGAGCCCAACUCCACUGACGUAGAAGACACGCUGAUGAGAGUAAAGAAGAAUGAUCCUGACCUCGUAGAGGUCAAUCUCAACAACAUUAGGAACAUCCCCAUCCCCAUUCUGAAGGCGUACGCUGAGGCUCUGAUGAAGAACACUGUGGUGGAGAGGUUCAGUAUUGUAGGAACCAGAAGCAAUGAUCCUGUAGCAUUUGCCCUGGCAGAGAUGAUGAAGGUGAACACAACACUGAAGAGCCUCAAUGUUGAGUCCAACUUCAUCACAGGGACGGGAAUCCUGGCCCUGGUAGAGUCUCUGCAGAAUAACACCACACUACAGGAGCUCAAGAUAGACAAUCAGAGCCAGCCGUUAGGCAACAAAGUGGAGAUGGAGAUAGCCACCAUGCUGGAGAAAAACACCACACUGUUGAAGUUUGGCUACCAUUUCACCCAGCAGGGCCCACGCCUCCGUGGCUCCAACGCCAUGAUGAACAACAAUGACCUGGCCAGGGUGGUCAGGUCAGAGUCGGACGGCUCCUUCACCCUCACACUGUCCGUUCCUGACCUGGAGAGAGCCUUCGGGAAAAAGUUCAAGUCCAAGACUAAUAAGAAAGAGAAGGCUUGAGGGAGGACCCAUCUUCCCCAAGUGUCGGACGAACGUGUAGAAACCAGGGAUACCUUUAACCACUUCACGCCCGUUCAUCUUUUGGAAACCAUCUUCAGCCUCGAAAUCUCUGACAACUUACCCGGCAGACCGUGAUCACCAUUUCAGGUGCAGUUGUUUCAGGUUUGGAGAGGAGCUCUGAACUCUUUUUCUCCUGACUUUUGUAUUCGAUAUUAGUUCAACCAGUCGAGUGAUCAGCUGUGUCCUACUUUUUCAGUGCAUGAUUGACAUGAAAUUUGCAAUAUUUUGUUUUGUAUGUCAUAAAUUGGGAGUCUAGGAUUCUACUACUGCAUCUGCAGCUCUUUACAUUUUACUUCACACUAUCUGUGUGAAUCCUGUAGUAUCUCAUGAGGUGUCUUCAUUUCACAUUACAGGGGUUAAAGGUCUCGUUAUUAAUGAGGGCCCAUUUGUAAGGUGAUGGGUCAAUUUUUGCAAUCCCUGUUCCUAUUGAGUGAUUGAUUGAAUAAGUUCUUAUAAUAUUAUUGAGGAUAUUUAAAAUUAUUAUUAAGGUUGUGCUAUAAAUUAGUUGAUUUCCCGUUACUGUUGUUUCUAACAGUUUCAGAUGUUACUUCAAGGUCGGCAUACAAGGUAUCCUGUCAAUUAUGCACAGAGGCUAAUGUUCAUUUUCAAUUUUAAUAACAUAAAAUCACUUAAAAUACUAUAAUGUCACUUUUUGACCCCAAACUUAACAUCUGAAGUUUUAGCCUUAAACCUUGUUCUGUCAAAACCAUUACAGUGGCUCCUCAGAUAGUAAGCUACAUAGAUUCUUUGGUAACAGAAUUUCAACCUGGCUUUUGUGAGAUGUGUUGCUAAAUACAAAUAGUAUAUUUAUUUCUGACAGGACUAGGAAAGAGUCGGUAUCAAUUCAUAAUACUUGACGUGAUCGAGUGUGCUGGAUAGUGUAAGAACUAGUGUAAAGCUUGUUGUUGUAAAUUAAUCUAUAUACUCUAAUCACACUUUACACUUUUACAUUAUUCAGCAUUUAUAUUGGCAGUCUCUCCAAACAGAGCCUGUGACCUGAGAAUGACUACUGCCAGUUCGAGUGUAAUCUACUCUACAAUGCAUCUUGUUGCACGGCGGUAAUUGUGUACAGUCAGAUAUGCCACUCACUAUAUUGCAACCCAAAAAAUCUACAUGGAUUUGAAUGUGCAACACUUUCUUUACCAGGUCCGGUUUAUUGACUGUUUGUGUUUGUUUGUUUUAUGUACUGGAGCUAAAAAAAGAAAAGAAAUGUGUGUGAUUUAAUAUUACAAUAGUUGUUACUGUUGACUUUAUUAUUACAGGUCUCACAUUAAUGCCUCAGUGGAGGUUUGAUGUAUUUCAGGGUUUAAUGUUACACAGAUUUAAAAAAAAGAAAAAAAGAAAAGAAAAAAACACCUAAUGUAUUUACAGCUGUCACACUGUACAGAUCCGUUUUAUUUAAAUAAGGAAAUGUCUGAUGAUUUGCAGCUUUAAAAUGUUUACCACCUAUGACGGAUGUUAAACCAACCACUGAACAUCUGAAAUGUAGUCUUUCACUCUGAUCAUAGAUUGAUCCUGAAAGAGUUUAUCAUGGAAAAAUGUUGCACUCAUCAAAUAUGCAUUCAUGUCCUUGUUACUAACCGUAACUAUCACAUUGACCACAUUGAUCAUGAUAAACAAAUGUUGAUGAUUAGUUUGGAACACUUGAAUUGGAUUUAUUUUUAUUUUAAACUCACACAUUGAGUAUAAAGGAGCACUGGCUAAGAUUUGAUCAGGAAGUACAGUCCGAAUGUUGCUGCAUCAACAGAAAUGGUUUGCACACUGUUACUCGUUUAAUGGUUUGAGAUGAAAUGACUGUUUAAUUAUCAUUUGAAGACUUGAAGGUAAAACUGCCAACAACUGUAGCUGAUACAGAUGUUCAGUGGUUUAAAGUAAAGUCUCACAGCAUGUUUAUGGGUUAAAUAACCCCAUUCAAUUGCAUCAGCGCUUUGUUGCAUUCUCAGUGUUGUGGCUGUUGUUUUGUAAGUGGUAAUUAUGGGUGUAAACAUUUGUCAGACAAUAAUUAAUUCAAUGAUGAAGGGGGGUGAGGACCCUGCCGCUCUCUCCCUUUGUCUCAUGCUCUCUGGUAUUUUAGUGCUUGGUUCUUGUGUUUUGUUAAAUAGUUCACUUUAUUUUUGGUUGGAUAUUUGAUAAGGGAUGAAUAAAGCUUGAAAACAACUUUA